AAUCUAGGGAAACCACAAAUUAGAGUAACUCAAACCGAAAACCAUCAAAAACAAAAAAGGAAUCAUUCCCUUCCCAUGGAAAGAACUCAAAAAUAACCUUCUUUUGCUUCAUAUGAACUUUGCACUAUAUAUAAGUGAAUUAGAGUUGUAUCUAAUUAGGAGCAUUAAGAUAUAAAUUCAGAAGAUUAAAUACUUCAUGGAAACCGAAGCUAAAGCAGCAGAAGGUCAUUUUGAGCCAUCUUAUGAGUGGCAGCAUGAGGAAGGACUUGAUUUUCUCUUGGUCCAUCUCCCAGAAUUCAAGGAUAAAGAAGGCUUGAAGGUACAAGUUAGCAAUUUUGGAGUUCUAAAGAUCUCAGGAGAUCGCCAAGUGAGCCAAACAAGAUUGAGAUUUUUCAAGGAAAUUCCAGUAUGGAAGAAUUAUAACACAGAUGAGAUAAAGGCAGACUUUGAGAAGGGUAUUCUCAAAAUUACAUUGCCAAAGAAAGAUACAGCUGAGAACACUAACGGAAGCCUUAAUGAAGAACAUAAUUUAGCAACAACAUCAAAUAAAUCAGGAUUCAGGAAGUUCAAAAAGGUGGUCAUGCGUGUUGCAACUCUCAUGGUUGUAGUUUCUGCUCUCUCCGGAUUUGCUUACUACAUUUAUAGGUCUACUAUUGUUGAAGACUAAUUUUAAUUGCUUCUAUUUAUAAAUAUAUACAUGCAAAAGAAUAUUGUAAUAUAUUAGGAGUAUACGACGAAAGCAAAGAGAUCCAUAACAAGUUACAACAUUUCCAGGGGA